AACUGUCAAUUAUCUGCCAUUAAAGGAAUAGUUCAGGUUUUCUUAGAAGUAUGGUUGUAUUCAUGUAUUGACACAUUAUCAACACUGAUAACAUGGCUGCCAGCAAAGACACAUUUAGCCAAUCAACACCUAAUGAAAUCUGUGACAUAUUUCCUUUGGCGUCUCCCAGUGGUGACAUGUGGUUAUAACACAUAUCACAAAAUAAUGUCACCAGUCGCCACUGUUUUCUGAUGCUUUUCCUCACCGUUCUCAGUCUUAUCUGUUCUGUCCAAUAUCUUUUGUUUAUUUUAGCCGAGUUUGUCUGAGAAUGGCUUCACAUAGUAGGGACAGAGUGGCGUCUUUCUUGAUCACAAGUGCUGACCCUUUUGGGUUCCAGACUCUCCACAGGCCCUGGAAUAAAGGAAAUCCGAUGGAAUCAGCCAAGAGGCGACUCUGUGCCGCUUUUGAGUUUUUCACCAAGCUUGGUGUUAAAUAUUACACAUUUCAUGACAGGGACAUGGCUCCGGAGGGCUCCACACUGAAGGAAUCCAACAUGAAUCUGGAUGAAAUAACUGACCUGGCUCUUCAGCUGCAGAAGCAGACUGGAGUCAAAGUGCUCUGGGUCACCUGUAACCUCUUUGCCCACCCAAGGUACAUGAACGGUGCUGCCACAAAUCCCGACUGUCACGUUCUGGCCUACGCUGGCGCCCAGCUCAAAAAGGGACUUGAUAUCGCCAAGAAGCUGGGUGCCGAAAACUUUGUGUUUUGGGGAGGAAGGGAAGGUUUCCUGUCCAUGCACAACACUGAUGUCUCUGCUGAACUCAAGCACAUGGCCAACUUCUUCAAAAUGGCUGUCAAGUAUAAAGAGAAAAUCGGAUUAAAGUGCCAGUUUCUAAUUGAGCCAAAGCCCAAGGAGCCAUGCCGACAUCAGUAUGAUUAUGAUGCUAUGAGCGUCAUAGGAUUCCUGAAGCAUUUUGGUCUGGAGAAUCACUUUAAGUUGAAUAUUGAGCCCAACCACACCACGCUGGCAGGACACUCCUAUGAACAUGACGUCGUCAUGGCGUCUGUGUUUGGCAUGCUGGGUUCAGUUGAUGCAAACACUGGCUCUCCUGACCUGGGCUGGGACACAGAUCAGUUCCCCAUGGACAUCAGGAACACUACCAUGGUCAUGAAGACUGUCAUUGAACAAGGCGGUCUGCAGCCAGGAGGCUUGAACUUUGAUGCUAAGGUGCGCAGAGAGUCCACAGACCUGGAGGACCUGUUCAUAGCUCACAUCGGAGCCAUGGACACGUUUGCAAGAGGCCUCAGGAAUGCUGUACGCAUCAUAGAGGACGGGAUAAUCACUGAUAAGCUGAAGGAGCGAUACUCCAGCUUCAGUCAUGGUCUUGGACAGAAAGUGGAGGACGGCUCUGCCACCUUAGAGGACAUGGAGGACUACAUCCAGCAGAAUGGUGAACCAAACGUCACAUCGGGGAAGCAAGAAAAAUAUGAAUCCAUCUUUAAUCACUACAUAUAACUAAAAAGUUUCUUAAUAAACUAUUGAUGUCACUCACA